AUGGACCUAAAAGCGGCAGCUGCAACUGUAUUUGAUGGAGAGUUGGACCCCAGGCAUGUUAUAUCAUAUACUACUCCAAUUUCAAGUGUUUCCACAUGCAACAAAUGGUAUUACCCUAACAUAUAUGGUUUUGUUGGCAGCGAGGAGCUUGUUUCCAUGCACGACACAAGUUUAACCAGAGGCAACCUCGCGUCUUUCCAGGGAGAUUGUUGGAUUGGCAAUGAUGUCGUGGAUGCAUUUUGCCGAAUGUUGCAAUUCGAUGAUGAAUCAAGGACAAAACUAUUUCUCUCCCCCUACAUAGCUGACAUGGUGAUUCGUUCCAAUGCAAAACAUUUGACGCACGAUGCAAUUGUUGCGCGUUUUGAUCCAUAUAUGUAUGCCUUUGAUGGUUCGUAUCAGAAUGUUACUCAGGUCUACUUACCGGUCCUUUUCAAAAACCAUUGGACACUUUAUGUCUAUGACUUGCAUAAUAAGCGAAUCCAGCUCCUGGAUUCUCGGCCUGGAAGAAAAAGGAGUUGUAUGAGUGGAAUACAACAAAAAUUGGCCAAGGUUGUUCUAUUGCUUGUUGCCGACAAGAAAGAAAUGGUUGCUGUAGACUUGAACAUGUACAGUUUUGUCAUGCCAGACGUACCAUGCCAACCAAAUGACAAUGACUGCGGCGUUUUUAUUAUGAAAUUCAUGGACAACUGGUCCAAUGGGGGACUCUCCAAAUCGAUCGAUGUGGCCAAGAUGAAGAAGUAUAGAUUGAAGCUACUAGGCAGAUUAUUGCUUUCAUCACAUAAUGUGCAUCGGCAUCGAUUCAUGGUAGUUUGAGAUACACUUUUCAAUAGGAUGUGACGAGGAUUUUUAAAGCUGAUUGUACAUUAUACACGAAAAAGUAUAUACACAUGACAAUGUAUUGCGAAUAUUAUGGCUUAUAUAUUUAAUGAAGGUUCUGAUGAA